AACAUUGUCUUUUUUACUUAAAAGAAAAUUUUGUCAAAUGAGUUCAAUCCAAUAUCCUGAAAUAUUUCUUGCAAUUGUAUGUUUUUUUUUCACUUGUUUUUUAACAAGACAUGGCAUUCCAUGGAAUUGGCCUAUUGUUGGAAUGUUACCAAGUCUUUUAAUUCACCUUAAUAGGGUUCACCACCGAUGUGUUGAUCUUUUGCAACAAACAAAUUGCAACUUUCUACUCAUAGGUCCAUGGUUUGCUAACAUGGACGCCUUGAUCACGGCCGAUCCCGCCAAUAUCCAAUAUAUUAUGAGCACCAACUUCACGAAUUAUCCGAAAGGAGAAGAAUUCCUUAAGAUAUUCGAUAUCUUAGGGGAUGGUAUCUUUAAUUCCGAUGGGGAAUUGUGGAAGUUCCAAAGGAAGAUUACGCGGUCUUUGAUUAAUCAUCGGAGGUUUAUUCGAUUUUUAGUUAAGGUUACGUAUGAUAAGGUACAAAAUGGAUUGGUUCCUAUACUUCAACAUGCAUACAAAGAUGGUCAUGUUGUAGACUUGCAAGAUGUGUUUCAAAGGCUUACCUUUGAUUCUACAUGCUUGCUAGUCACGGGCCAUGACCCGGGUUGUUUAUCACUCGAAUUCCCGGAUGUUCCCUUCUCGAAAGCCCUAGAUGAUGCGGAGGAAGCAAUAGUCCAUCGACAUGUUCUCCCCGAAAACUUUUGGAAGUUACAAAAGUGGCUUGGAUUAGGGCAAGCGGAGAAGCUAAGCCGAGCUUGGAAAGUCCUUGAUCACUUCAUUGAUUGCAUUAUAACAAUGAAGCGCGAAGAACAAAAGAGUGGGAAAAUACCAGCCUUAAAGGGAGGAAACGAAGAAGAAGGAGUCGAUCUCUUAACAUCGUUCCUAAGAGAAGAAGUCGAAACAAGUGCAAUCGAUAUAACCGAAGACAAGUUCCUAAGAGAUACGAUCCUAAACCUUAUGCUAGCAGGACGUGACACAACCGGUUCCGCUCUUACAUGGUUCUUUUGGCUAAUAACACAAAACCCUAAAGUCGAAGAAAAAGUAAGAGACGAACUAAAAAGCAUGAUUAUACCAAAAGAGGAAGCAAAUCAAUGGCAUGUUUUCCAAAUAGAAGAAACCAACAAGCUAACCUAUCUUCAUGCAGCAAUAUGCGAGUCAUUACGAUUAUACCCUCCUGUACCAUUCCAACACAAAUCUCCAAUUCAACCCGAUACCCUACCAAGCGGCCACCACGUAACCCCAAAGACCAAAAUUUUGUUUUCUUUGUACGCCAUGGCGCGUAUGAAGGGCAUAUGGGGCGAAGAUUGUUUCGAGUUCAAGCCCGAGAGAUGGAUCACUAAGGAAGGCAAGAUUAAGUACGAGCCACCUUAUAAGUUCUUAUCGUUCAACGCCGGUCCUCGGACUUGUCUAGGGAAAGAAGUGGCUCUUACACAAAUGAAGAUGGUUGGUGCAACUUUGAUACAUAACUACAAGUUUCAUGUUGUUGAUGGACUCCAUGCAGAACCAGAUUUAUCAGUUAUUCUUCAUAUCAAGCAUGGAUUAAAGGUUAAUGUUAGUAACAGAUGGAGUAUUGCUUGUAAUUAAUCUUAGAAAUUUGAUGUUCUUAUAUUAUUUUAUUUUUAUAAUUAUAUAUUAUAUAUUUUGUGUGAGUCGACAAUUGUAUGGGAAGCCAUGUUAUUAAGUUCUGAACAGCAAACAGUUAAUGCAAAAGAUGAUAGAAUUCUGUAAUAUCAGAUUUUAUGUAUCCUUUAUAUGAUGUAGUAUGUACUUUAUAUAUGAAA